AUGAAGGUCUUUUUCCUCACCAUAGCAUUAAGCCUAUCCUCUAUCCUCCAAGCUGAGGAGUCAUCACCUUCUGAAGAACGAUUUGAGGGUACAUACAUUGUAAAGGCCAUUGUGACAGACAGUGAAGAUUUUGAGAAGCAUGUGCCUAAGGAGAUGUCACCCUUGAUAAUCACCCGCCUUAGCUAUGAUGCUCUGGAGGCCAAAAUUAUCAUGAACAAGAAUGGAAUGUGUGAAGAGAUUAAAUUGAAAUUGGAGAAAACAAACAAUCCUGGGCUAUUUUCUGUGGAUGAGGGCAACCACUGGGUACUCAUAGAAAAGACAUCUGUGAGAGAUCAUUGGCUUCUCCUCUGUGAAGGCGAGAUAAAUGGCCACCAAAUAAGAGUCGCCAAACUUGUGGGUCCAGAUGCAGAAGAGAACUCAAAAGCCCUUGAAGACUAUAAAAAGUUUGUCAGGCUUUCAGGAUUCAAUGAAGAUAGGAUCAAAAUCCCUGGACAAGUUGAGGCUUGCACCCCGGAACAUGAUUAA